GAUUAGCCGCACACUGGCGCUGUUUGUUUGCCGGCACAUAACUGUCCUCAAGAAGUCACCAGCAUUGACUUGCCUUCAGCGUUGCCAACAAAAGCGAUUCGACAGCUGGCAGGCAUACACUCGGACUCAAACAGCAAAACAAAACAAAAGAUGAAGGCAGUUCCUUCCAGCCGGCACGCGCACGUCCUUACAUCGUUGCUGCCAAACUUUCGCGCUUCUCCUGAGCCUGUUGGUGCGCAUGCUCGUCUCAACAACGAUCUCGGCGAAGCCUCCGCCACGCUGUGCAGCGCUGAUGACAAGGACUCCGAAUGGGACCAAACCGCCGCGUUCUCCGACGACGUCGAAUCCAAAAUGAGUGUGUCCACAGUGCGGCGCGUAGUGGAGCAGCCCACCGUUCUCUUCGAGUACUUUCGUCUGCUGUGUGCGUAUCACGGCGCUGCUCGUGUGCCGGCGUUUUGGGCUUCGAUGCUUGCCGGGUCGUCCCUCGUCGCCCAUCGGCACGCUUCAGUUUCAACAGAUCGGUGCACACCGAGGGACGAAAGUGAUGAGGAGGAGGACGCCGAGCUGUUCUACUCGCGUGCCACCGCGCUGGACUUCUCGUCGUGUUACGCCGGGCCCAAGACGCUUCUCGCCUUCGCAGAUUUGUGCCGCGUGCACCGCGUCGCCCUCGCCCAACGACACCGCCACCCCUCCCCAUCGGCCUCUCGUAGCCGUACGCGCGCGGUGGUGGUGCGAGCCGUAGCCCCGCUGUGGAGUAAGGGAGCCGCACCGUCCUCCAACAGCGGCAGCUCACCCGAAGCGGAGGAAAUGUGUUCCCUGCUGCCACGGCUCCGCACUGUGCGCCUCGUUCGUCUCUCCCUCGACUUUUCCAGUGACGCGACCUCCGAGCAGCACCACGGCAAUGGCAACAAGGUGUUACUAUACGUGCUGGAGGCACUGCAGGGUCAUCCGUGUCUCCAUCUGCUCGAUCUCUCCGGCAACCCGGUCGCUUCGGCUCUCGUGCCUGCGCUGUCUCGCCUGCUUCAGUCGACCCCCUCCUUAACCACCGUCGUGCUUGAUGACACGCUCUUGCAGCAGAGUGAGAAGCGAAUGUUGUUGGCGCAAUGUCGCCUGAAUCAGCUUCGCCUAGCGCACAACACGGAACCGACGGCGGCGGCGGCGGCAUCCUCGCCUGCAACGGGGCCGCCAUCUUCGCCUCUUUCGACGAUUCAAACCAGUUGGUCCGCCCAGACCCUUAACGAAGUCCAACGCGCUUUGGAGGUCGGCGUCUCUUCCGUGCCGUGGCUUCUCGGCAACUGCACCGCGUACAUCCGUCGCUACACGGCGCAGACUUUAUCCACCACGUCAGUCUCCUCCACAACUCCGGCGGCGACCGGCUCGAGCGCCCUGCGAAAGGCUUCCAGCUACGCCACAGUGGACAGCGCUGCGGCGGCGGCGGCUUCGACCCCGUCCGGGCUGCUGUCCGCCUUCCGGCCGAGCACCGAGGUGGCCUAUCUGUGCUACGACGCGGCGGAGGCGGCGGCCGCGGUGUCCUCCACGGCGCGGGUGAGUUCGUCGUGGACGCCGGAGUGUGCAGAGGUCGUUCGUUCGGCCUUUCUCGACCGGCAGGUGGCGCGGCAGCGGGUGUUGGGUGGGCGGUCGGUGUGGGCCAACGUGCCGCUGCCGGAGGACGCCGAAGGAGGCGGCGGCGGCGGCGACGGCGUCGGCCUAAGUGGUCGUCCCACCGCGGAGGCGCUUUCGUCGAGCUCGUUUCUCAAGAGCAUUCGCCAGCAGCUCCUUCCGCCCCCGCAGGCACCACCCGGUAUGCGACAUGACACGGACGCGGACCUCCUUACUACGGCCGAGGAGAACUACGUGACGAUCUGCCAAACCCAAGACAAACAAUGGGGCUACUUGGCAGGGCGGCUGGCGGAGCUUUUGGAGCCGGUGCAGCUGCAGCAUAACCAGGUCCUCUACACGGAGGGAGAAGCCGACAGCCAGUACGUGUACUUCCUGCCAACGGACGUGGCGGAGUCGCAGGCAUGUGUGACACUGCACGCAGGCGGCGAGGUAAAUCGCGUAUUGCCAGGUCAAUGGGUCGGCGAGGCGGAGGUGCUGGGUUGUAUGUCACUUUACUCCAAUGCCGCUGCACCGACGAAGACAUCAUCAAGCGUCAACACCAACACCAAGGCUACCAAAGCUCUUGGCGCAUCGCCUUUCGCGCGUCACAGCACCGCGCGCUUCGCCACGUGUGCACAGGACGGGAAUACGGUGUGGGCACUGCCCUUCUCUGUCGCCUUCUUUUACCUCUACGCCCCAUACCAGCGGCUGCAACAGCAGUUUCUUCAACGGACGCCGAUGAGCGCCUUUGCGCAGCUGCACCCCGUCUUGCUCGCUUCGGUGCCGGUGCAGCUGGAGCUGGGUCAGUACAUUCAAAAUGCCUCGUCGGCGGCGCAGCGCGCCGCGGCCGCCUCCGCCGUCCUGUGCACUUCUACCUAUCUAGCAAGUCAUCUCGUGCUCCUGCAAGAGGGGGAGUUUUUGCUGGGUGUCGCGCGGGCGAAAACCCCCACUCUGGCAAUGAAGGCCCCGGAAGCGGAGGAUCGCCAUUUGCUCUCGGGCAAUGCAGUGGCGACACAGGCCGUGUUCGAUUUCGACGCCAACGCCCGCGCUGCAGAAAGCAAAAUUGACGGGGAGGACGUUCUUGGCUUUACGUCGGGGGACGGGCGUGCUUUGGGGAAGGAGGCGGCCCUUCGACAGUAUCGAGUCCGCAAGGCAGCUCAGCCGCAGCGCUCCGCUGCCUCCUCGGCAGUCGCGGAAGGCGCCGACGUGGCGAGCCCAAGCGCUUCUGCGAAGGAUGGCCAGAUUAGGAAGAGCUCGUUGGAACUGCGGCCCUAUCCGUCCAGCGCAUCCGUUACGCGCUGGCGCUACGCCGGUCUCUCGAAUGAGGCCUUCAUGGCGCUUUGUCUGCCACUUCGCCUGUCGCUGACACGCCACUGCUGUUUGAUGCCAAACGACGAGGCGUAG